GCGCCAGCUAUCGAUUCGGCGGGUUCUUAUCAAACGAAAGACCAGACCAGCUGAUUUCAUUUAUAUACAGAAUGUCGCGGAAGAAUGUCUUAGGUUUGAUCAACACGAUCGUGGCCAACUCCUGCAAGUGCCCCGCCCACUCGCAUAACUAUGGCUCAGCAGCUCCAACCGCCUCCCAAACGGGUCGCAUGGAAUACGCCUUCGAGAUGUCAGCCUCGACUGUUCGAUUCGGACCCGGAGUAAGUGCCGAAGUGGGAGCCGAUCUUCGCAACUUGGGAGCUCGGAAGGUUUGUUUGGUCACGGAUAAAAAUGUGGCGCAGUUGCCCUCUGUGAAAGUUGCCUUGGAUUCUCUGGCUCGUAAUGGCAUCAACUACGAAGUCUAUGAUCAAACCCGGGUGGAGCCCACGGAUGGGAGCAUGUGGCAUGCCGUGGAGUUUGCGCGCGGCAAGGAAUUCGAUGCAUUUCUGGCCAUCGGAGGAGGAUCUGCCAUGGAUACAGCCAAGGCAGCAAAUCUUUUUAGUAGUGAUCCGAAUGCAGAGUUUUUGGAUUAUGUGAACUGCCCAAUUGGCAAAGGCAAGGAGAUAUCCGUAAAACUGAAGCCCCUGAUUGCGAUGCCCACCACUUCGGGAACUGGUUCCGAAACCACUGGAGUAGCUAUAUUUGAUUACAAGAAGUUGCAUGCCAAAACUGGGAUUUCCAGCAAGUUCCUCAAACCUACUUUGGCUGUGAUUGAUCCUCUGCACACCCUAUCCCAGCCGGAACGUGUAAUGGCUUUCGCUGGCUUUGAUGUGUUCUGUCAUGCCCUGGAGAGUUUCACGGCGGUGGAUUACAGGGAACGCGGUCCGGCGCCCAGUGAUCCCAGCUUGAGACCCACCUACCAGGGCAGGAAUCCAGUGUCGGAUGUGUGGGCACGAUUCGCCUUGGAGACGAUAAGGAAAAACUUUGUGAACGCCAUUUACCAGCCUGAUAACCUGGAAGCCCGAUCCCAGAUGCACCUGGCUUCCACGAUGGCUGGCGUGGGAUUUGGUAAUGCCGGAGUGCACCUGUGUCAUGGCCUUUCCUACCCUAUUUCUGGAAAUGUGAGGGACUACAAGCCAAAGGGCUACUCCGCGGAUCACUCUCUUAUUCCACACGGCCUAUCCGUGGUGAUCAGUGCUCCGGCGGUCUUUGAGUUCACUGCUCCAGCUUGUCCGGAUCGGCAUUUGGAGGCUGCCCAGUUGCUGGGCGCAGAAGUGCGAGGUGUCCAAAAAGCAGACGCCGGUCGUCUUUUGGCGGACACUGUACGCGGUUUUAUGCAACGCGCGGGCAUAGAAAAUGGCCUCCGAGAGCUGGGAUUUUUUAGCAGCGAUAUACCCGCCUUGGUGGAGGGAACCCUGCCCCAGGAAAGGAUCACUAAGCUAGCACCCAGGGCCCAGACGCAUGAAAACCUGUCGCAACUCUUCGAGAACUCCAUGGAGGUCUAUUAAUUUGAAGCCAAAACUUACCCACGCUCAACUUGUUCUCUUGAAGAAAAAAUGUUAAACUAACGGAUCUUCGUUUAAUAUCUGACCGUACUUGAGCUUUCAAAAUUCCAAUUUUUUUAAAGCGCAUAAAUAGCUUAGAGUGGACCACUUACUUUUGGGUGGACUUAUGUAUAUACGAAAAAUACCAUUAAAAAAAAUAUACAGAAUCACUGGAAAUUUGAUGCCCUA